UUAAAAAAAAAAAAAGAUGUCUUUUUUAGAAAAGUUUGUAGUAGCCAUCCUGGUGACAUAAUACUAAUAGUAACUUCAGCUAGGUGAUGGUAGUGAUGUCGGUGGGCCCCACGGGUGACAUGUGAAGCGGGGAGGAGAAAGACAGUCACUUUCUCCCCAACCGCCUCUACCACCCAGGACCCAGGGUUACUGGAUUCUUGUCUCGCUCUCGGAAAAGAAUUUCAGGAGUAGUCAAGCAGUGAAGUAACAGAUUUUAUGAGGGAAGGAGGAAGGGAUAAGUGGAAGAGAAUAGUAAGAGUAACGCGCUUAAGAGAGAAUGCAGGCUUCUCCAAGGGUGGAGAGAGCUCUACACACAUCCUAGCACUGGACACGAAAGCAUGAAAGUACAUAUCUCAAGAGGGGAGAUGAGGGCAACACAUGUGCUCGGGCACCGCAUGUACUCGGCCUCAUGGGCACAAGCAGCACAUGGGCUCAGGCAGCAUAUGUGAAUCCUUCCUUUGUUCAAGGUGACCUUUAUAGGGUUUCUUCAACCUGCCCCACUUGAGGCUUCUUUCCAGGUAAAAGUCCGUUCCUAAGACCUGAUAAGACCAUUAUCAGGUCUUAUCUGGUAGCAGAGACUUGACCCUGAUCUAGGGUUACCAGGAAGGUUGGGAGUGGUGAUGGUCUUCUUUAGGCUGGAUCACAUUUAAUCAGAUUAAGGGAGAGGUCAAAGGAAAUUCGAGGAAUUUCCUUCAUGGGGUGGGGGGUCCAAUCUCCUCAGGAUCCACUGAAGGUCUUAUCAGGUCUGUUUUCUGUAUCCACAGGGUGGAUCAGUCUUAGGAUUCUCCUUCCCAGGGACUUUGUUAAUCUAAAUUUCAUUGCCAAGGGCCUUUCCCUAUCUACCUACCUACAUCAGUAGGAAUAAAAAGUGCAUUCAUUCAGAAUAUAAUAUAGGUACUGCAGGGUUUACUGAUGGAUUGGCUGUAGAAGAUACAGAUAUCUAAAAAAGUCAAUGAUAAGGGGCCGGAGGAUAGCACAGUGAGUAGGGCGUUUGCCUUGCACGCGGCAGACCCGGGCCCGGCAUCCCAUAUGGUCCCCCAAGCACUGCCAGGCGUAAUUCCUGAGUGCAAAGUCAGGAGUAACCCCUGAGCAUUGCUGGGUGUGACCCAAAAAGCAAAAGCAAAAAAAAAAAAAAAAAGUCAAUGAUAAGACUGCAAUGGUACAGAGUGGAUGUAAGUAUUUUGGGGCUGGGAACUGAAUUCCAUAAAUAUGAAUUCCAUAUUUAAGAUUGGCAAGCCACUCAAGAGGACCCAACACAUAUUAGGUCAAGUCCAAGAAAGGAAUAUGUUCGUUGAGUGUCACACUGGUUAAAGCCAUUCAGUGUAGAGGAGAGACCUACGUCACAGGCUCGGCUGAGCAGGACCAUUGUAGGGUGCGCAGGGGUGAAGAGUGUGUCUGGAGCCUGGAAACGCAGAGUCUGCAGCAGGCGUGAGGAUGAAACGGGUUCCAUCAGAAGCGCUCGAGGCAAGCUCCAGCUCAGUUGCUAGCCUCUUGAAACUGUGACCAAUCACAGCCACAUCCGACUAACCACAGCCACGUCCCUCCAACCCACACUCGAGCUCCCGUGCCGCCCCAGUCCCCCGCGGGCUGGCACUUCCGCCUUCCCAGACUGCCCCGGGCCGACUCCGCGGCAGCCAUCUUGACUGUGGGCAAGCGGCAGGGGCGACGGCGCCUCCCGGGGAGCUGCUUGGAUCCGGUAGCGGCGACGUGACCCUGAUCGAGGCGAGAGGGUCGGUGGCCUGCGGCGGCCGCCAUGACCCAGGCGGAGAAGGGGGACGCGGAGAACGGGAAGGAGAAGGGCGGAGAGAAGGAGAAGGAGCAGCGCGGUGUGAAGCGGCCCAUCGUGCCCGCGCUGGUGCCGGAGUCGCUGCAGGAGCAAAUCCAGAGCAACUUCAUUGUUGUGAUACAUCCAGGUUCAACGACUCUAAGGAUUGGACGAGCCACAGAUACACUUCCUGCCAGCGUCCCACAUGUCAUUGCAAGAAGACACAAGCAGCAAGGGCAGCCCCUGUACAAGGACAACUGGCUCCUGAGGGAGGGACUAAAUAAACCUGAAAGUAAUGAACAGCGGCAAAAUGGCCUUAAGAUGGUGGAUCAGGCAAUAUGGUCCAAAAAGAUGUCGAAUGGCACAAGACGGAUCCCCGUGUCCCCCGAGCAGGCGCGCUCCUACAAUAAACAGAUGCGACCUGCAAUAUUAGAUCACUGUUCCGGAAAUAAGUGGACAAACACAUCUCAUCAUCCUGAAUUUUUGGUAGGAGAAGAGGCCUUGUAUGUUAAUCCACUGGACUGUUACAAUAUUCACUGGCCGAUCAGAAGGGGUCAGUUAAAUAUUCACCCUGGACCUGGGGGCUCCCUUACAGCUGUUCUGGCAGAUAUUGAAGUGAUUUGGUCUCAUGCAAUACAAAAAUACUUGGAAAUUCCACUGAAAGAUUUAAAGUAUUACAGAUGUAUCUUGUUAAUUCCUGAUAUCUAUAAUAAACAGCAUGUGAAAGAAUUAGUAAAUAUGAUCUUAAUGAAGAUGGGUUUUUCAGGGAUUGUGGUCCACCAGGAGUCUGUGUGUGCCACCUUUGGAAGUGGCUUAAGCAGCACGUGUAUUGUGGAUGUUGGGGACCAGAAGACAAGUGUCUGCUGUGUGGAAGAUGGGGUUUCUCAUCGGAACACGCGGCUCUGCCUGGCUUAUGGGGGAUCUGACGUAUCAAGAUGUUUUUACUGGCUUAUGCAGAGAGCUGGAUUCCCUUACAGAGAAUGCCAGCUCACCAACAAAAUGGAUUGCCUUCUUCUGCAACACCUUAAAGAAACUUUUUGCCAUUUAGAUCAGGACAUCUCUGGGCUUCAAGACCAUGAGUUUCAGAUUCGACAUCCAGAUUCCCCUGCUCUGCUGUAUCAGUUUCGACUAGGAGAUGAAAAACUCCAGGCUCCCAUGGCUUUGUUUUACCCGGCAACAUUUGGCAUCGUUGGACAGAAAAUGACGACUUUGCAGCACAGAUCCCAGGGCGACCCCGAGGACCCUCACGAUGAGCACUACCUGCUGGCCACGCAGAGCAAGCAAGAGCAGUCUGCAAAAGCUACUGCUGACCGGAAAUCUGCCUCCAAGCCGAUUGGAUUCGAAGGGGAUCUCCGUGGCCAGUCCUCUGAUCUUCCAGAAAGACUCCAUACCCAGGAAGUGGAUUUGGGAGCAGCCCAGGGCGACUGCCUCAUGGCUGGCAAUGACUCUGAGGAGGCCCUCACCGCACUCAUGUCCCGGAAAACUGCCAUCUCACUGUUCGAAGGCAAAGCCCUGGGCCUGGAUAAAGCCAUCCUUCACAGCAUAGACUGCUGCUCAUCUGAUGAUACCAAAAAGAAGAUGUACAGCUCCAUCCUCGUGGUGGGAGGCGGUUUGAUGUUUCAUAAAGCCCAAGAAUUUCUGCAGCAUAGAAUUCUCAACAAGAUGCCACCUUCAUUUAGGAGAAUUAUUGAAAAUGUGGACGUGAUCACAAGGCCCAAGGACAUGGAUCCCCGGCUGAUUGCUUGGAAAGGAGGGGCAGUGUUGGCCUGUCUGGAUACAACCCAGGAACUGUGGAUUUACCAGCGGGAAUGGCAGCGCUUUGGGGUCCGCAUGUUGCGGGAGCGAGCCGCGUUUGUCUGGUAAAACGGUCAGAAAAAAGCCACUGUUGAGACCAAAGAAGCCUCUUGAUAUACAAAACUUUUAUAGAACAUGGUUUUUAAUUUAUUGGUUUAUGUGCUAAAAUUCAUGAAAAAAAAUAAAUGAAAUUUAACUUUUA